AUGUCCAGGACCAGCCGGCGGUACAAGCCCGGGCAGCAGCAGCAGGGCUUCGUCCCCGGCUGCGGAGGCUCCGUCCCCGGCUGCGGGCUGCGAAUGCCCCGGGCCCGGGUGCUGCUGCUCUGCCUGCUGGGUGUCCUGAUGCUGGCCGUGGUUCUGGGAGUCUACCUGUCCAACGACACGGCCGCCAGAGCGGUCAACCGCGCCCCGGCCGCAGAUCUGACCAAAGACAGGCUGUCCCACAAACCCAGCAAGUCCUCACCAGCUCAAAUCCGCCGUCUGGCCUCUCAGGUGGACGGCACCCGCCUGUGGGAAACCCACCUGCGGCCAAUCCUAAUAGAGAGACUCCCGGGGACGCCGGGCAGCCUGGCUGUGCAGCAGCACAUCACCUCCACCCUGUCCUCGCUGUCUGCCGGCUGGUCCAUAGACCUGGACUCCUUCCAGUCCCCCACCCCCCGCGGCCAAGUGACCUUCACCAACAUCGUGGCCACCCUGGAUCCCGCAGUCCCGCGCAGGCUCCUUCUGGCCUGCCACUACGACUCCAAGGUCCUGCCCCCGGACCCACGGGCCCCCGAGAGGGUGUUCCUGGGGGCCAGCGACUCGGCGGUGCCCUGCGCCAUGAUCCUGGAGCUCGCCGCCUCUCUGGACGCGCAGCUCAGAUCCUUCAAACAGCAGAAACUCCCCGUCACCCUGCAGCUGGUCUUUUUUGACGGCGAGGAGUCGUUCGAGGAGUGGACGGCCACCGACUCGCUGUACGGCUCCCGUCACCUGGCAGAGCUCAUGGCCAGGACGCCUCACCACGCCGCCGCCCCUCACGCCACGGCGCUGCAGGCUGUGAGUCAUGGUGCCACAGACCGCAUCCCCAUCCAAGCGGCUCCUGCCUUUUGGUGCCCUCUAGAGAUGGAGCGCAAUGACCUUUUCGUGCUGCUGGACCUUCUGGGUGGUCCCGACCCGCUGAUUGCAAACCACUUUGACAACACGGUGCGCUGGUUCGACCGCCUGAUCUCUGCAGAAAAACGGCUGCAUCGCCAGGGCCUGCUGGCGUCUCACCCCGCCGAGCAGACCUACUUCAGGAAGGACGUCUACCUGGGACCCGUGCAGGACGACCACAUCCCCUUCCUCCACAGAGGCGACUUUGCCUGUCCUCUGUCCCGUUCAGGAGUCCCCGUGCUGCAUGUAAUCGCCACCCCCUUCCCUCAGUUCUGGCACACACUGGAGGACACGGAGGAGAACAUGCACCGUCCCACCGUGGAGAACCUCACAAAGAUCAUGGCUGUGUUCGUGGCAGAAUACCUCAGCCUCUGA